UAAGAGAAAAGGGGGUGGAGCCUGCAAGGCCGGCCCCCCAGCAAAUUGAGAGAGACAUUCAUACAGAAGGCAUUAAGCAAGGCACACACACUCUGACGGCAAACACACUCACACCAGGACACACACACACCCAGGGACCCACAGCGCGGUUUGGAAUAGUGGUCUGAGCGGAGAGGGAGAGGACUAACAACUACACCUGUCCCACACACACCUACUGCAACUCCUCCACAUCCCCGGCCACAGAGGACGACAGAGGACUAGUUGUCCUUAUGUGUGGCUUGGUGAGUCACCCGGCGACCUCUCAUAGUUCCGCCAUGUUGACCAGUGAGGGGGCCCACGCCAUGGAGCACGACGACCACAAGAUGGAAACUGACUCCCAUCACCUCGCCAAAAUGGCUGACACAGACACCUGCGCGGAGGAGGCCGGCGCCCAGGCCGGAGCCAAAAUGGUCUCCAGUAGCUCGGAGGUGGAGCAAGCAGACAUGACGCGGUGGUCGGAGGCGGAGUUUGAGGAGAAAUGCACGUACAUCGUCAAGGAUACGCCCCGGGAACUGGGGCCGGAGAGCGAGGGUCUGACGCGGGCCGAAGCGUCGCUGCCACGCAACCUGUCCUUCAAACACCCGUCAGAAUCCAAAGAGGUGAUUGGCGUGAUCAGCAGAGAGUACAUUCCUAAAGGCACGCGCUUCGGCCCCCUGGUGGGAGAGAUCCACACUGCAGACAGUGUACCCAAGGACGCAAAUCGCAAAUACUUCUGGAGGAUCUACGCAGAAGGCGAAUUCCAGCACUUCGUGGACGGUCUGGACGAGAGCCGGUCCAACUGGAUGCGCUACGUCAAUCCCGCCCACUCGGCGGCGGAGCAGAACCUGGCCGCGUGCCAGAACGGCAAGGAGAUAUACUUUUACACCGUGCGGGCCGUCCAGGCCGGGGCCGAGCUGCUGGUGUGGUACUGCCCCGACUUCGCCCACCGCCUGCACUACCCGCCCUCCGGAGAGCUGAUGAUGCAGAAACUAAAGCAGUCCCUCCUGGAGGCCAAGCACCAGCAGGCCGACAGUGAGGAGCGCGGGGUGCACACCUCCACCAGCCCCCCCUGCAUCACCCCCACCCCGGCCAAGAAGGAGCACAGCGUCCUCUCCAUCCUGCGGGGCACAAACUGCACCUCCUCCUCCCCCUCCUCCUCCUCGUCCCCCCCCAGGAGGGAGCCCAGCCGGCCCCUGCCCAGCCGGCCCCUGCCCACCCGGCCCCGCUGCCCCGACAGCCCCGAGCGGCCCCUGUACCCCCGCGCCGUGUACCCGGCCCACCGGCCCCGCCCCCACGGCCCCGAGGACUUCCUCAGCCUCACGCCGCCGCAGUUCGGCUACUCGGCGACCCACUCGCCCGGCAACCAGUCAUCGGCGACGCCCAGCCCGUCGGCGAGGAGCAGCCCCGAGACCACGCCCCACGGCAGCCCCUCGGGGCCGGCCAUGUCCCCCGGGUCCUUCUACUCCCCCUACCCGGGCUACUCCCCUCCCUCCGCCCCGCUCCCCGCCCCCUUCUACCCCCCGGUGGGGCCCUACUCCCCCUACCUGCUGCCCCACCACUACCCGCUGCCUGGCGGCGGCGUGCCCACCGUGGGGGGCAUCUUCCCCAGGAUCUACCCCGUCUACAGCCGCAUGCUGCCCCCCCACAUGCCCCUGAUGCCUGGCGAGGCGGCCGGGAGGCGCUUCCUGAUGCCUGACCACGCCCACCACCACCACCACCCCCACCACCCGUCGUCGCUGUCCUCCGCCCAAAGGGACUUCCUGAUGCCCGCCCCCUCCAGUGCCUUCUGCAACGCCACCUCCUUGAAGGAGAAGUCCGGCCCCCACCAUGCCUUCCCCGCGCAGCACGGACCCCCGCCCCACGGGAACCACCGCGCCGCCUCCGGCGGGUCGCCCACGGCGGGCACGGCGCCGCCCAGCGAGAGGCUGCCCACCAAGCCCACCGCCGCCCUGCUGGGCAACGGCGGCAGGGACGGCCACCGCUCGGAGGACGAGGCCAUGAACCUGAGCAAGAUGAAGCGCGGAGGAGGCGGGGGGAACUCGGCGGGCUACAAGACGCUGCCCUACCCGCUGAAGAAGCAGAACGGCAAGAUCAAGUACGAGUGCAACGUCUGCAGCAAGACCUUCGGACAGCUGUCCAACCUCAAGGUCCACCUGCGUGUCCACAGCGGAGAAAGACCCUUCAAAUGCCAGACGUGUAACAAGGGCUUCACCCAACUCGCUCACCUCCAGAAACACUUCCUGGUCCACACCGGGGAGAAGCCCCACGAGUGCCAGGUGUGUCACAAGCGCUUCAGCAGCACCAGCAACCUGAAGACCCACCUGCGGCUGCACUCGGGCGAGAAGCCCUACCAGUGCAAGCUGUGCCCGGCCAAGUUCACCCAGUUCGUCCACCUCAAGCUGCACAAGCGGCUGCACUCGCGCGAGCGCCCGCACAAGUGCCUGCACUGCCAGCGCCACUACAUCCACGUGUGCAGCCUGCGGCUCCACCUCAAGGGCUACUGCGCCGUGGCCAUGCAGGCGGCCGCCAGCCCCUCGGCCGCCCCGCCGCCCCAGGCCCACCUGGACGAGCUGCAGUGCAUCAACGAGGAGAUCGAGCGCUUUGACAUGAGCGAGCACGCCGAGCGGCUGGAGCAGCUGCAGGGCGGAGUGGAGACCGAGGCCAUGCUGGAGAGCCAGGUUCUGGGCAUGCUGCGGCGGGAGAUGGAGCUGAAGGCCGCCGCCUCGCCCUACGGCUCGCACCACCACAAGGGCGGCGCCGGGGGAGUCGGCGAGCUCCUGCUGCCCGGGGCGGGCUUCAGCAUGUACCCAUCGUCGUCGGCGACGGAGACGUCCGUCAUCAAGAUGCGACACAGUAGCCCCGCCCAUUCGCUGACGGUCGGCGUCACCGUCAAGCAGGAGAUGGAGUGA